AUGGACUUGCCUGCGAAGCUGGGGGAGGGCCUGAUCACCCCGACGAACCUGGUUUCCCCGGCGGUACAGUAUUUUCUCGCAUCUUGGAUCCCGUGGCUCUUGUUUAUUCUGACAGGACAGAGUCUACGAACCCCCAGGGACAGGAUGGAGCAGAAGCAGUUGCUGCGCCGAGUGUUGGACGUUGAAUGUCUGAUUUCAGAUAGGUCAUUGAUCGUGAGCAUCACGAUGCGAAACUGA